GGAAGUAAGAACAAGAUUAGGCGCGCCAAAGAAAAAAGCAAAUGCUUAAGAGACAAGAACAAAACCAAUUAUAAAGCAGCGCCAAAGAAUAAAGCCAAUGCUAAGGGAGAAAUAAUGCCAGUGCUUAAUGGAGGUAAGAACAAGAUCAGUUAUUUUGAGGAAAAAUUAUGUCGCGGCAAAGCACCACCAAUGUCGAAUGCGAAAGCCAACGAAGCAACGUCGAAUGCAAAAGCCAACGGAAGAUAUAAAGCCAACGUUCAUAAAGAAUAUUCAAACCAAACGCCAAGAAAGAGAAGACAGAAGUAG